AUGGAGAUUCAAUAUUGCUGUAAAUGUAAGCAAUCAAAGGCUAGUAUUAAAGGUAGAGAUUUAAUGUGUAGACAGUGCUUUAUAAAUUUUGUAGAAAAUAAUUUUCGUACAGAGAUGAGACUUGGAGUUAUUGAACCUCUUAAGAAGUUACAUAAAAACUCCAAUAUAAGAAAACCACCAAGUACUGAACUUUAUUUUGCAGUCGGAUUUGGGUAUACUUCCCAAACGUUACUUAGCCUGUUAACUGUAACGCCUAAUAGUGGAAAGAGACCUGAUUACAAUAUCAAAUCACUUAUACAUGUUGAUACAUCCUGCUUUUUAGAUUUAAAAUGUAUCAGAUAUGUAAAUUAUUUGGAAAAAUUUGUUGAGAAAUAUUUUGAAGAAAGCAAAAGGCCGGAAGUUGUAGUAAUUCCAUUUGGUCUGAGCAUAGCAAAAUAUUUGACUGAAGUAACUCCUUCAAAUUAUUCAAGUAUUGAGGAGUGUAGACAGAAAAUUAUGAUGUCAAUGAAGUUUUUGUUGGAUAAAAAUACAGAUAAUAUUGGUAUAUUAAUGAAAUCAAUUAUUUUUAGUGAUAUUCGUGACUAUAUAAUUGAGGAAAAAAGAACAGAGAGCAAAGAAUGUAACACUGGGAAAUAUUUAGUAUUAGCCUCUACUAUGGAUUCAAUGGCAACUGAAGCUUUACAUUAUAUGAGUCUUGCCUCAGGUGACCAUUCUAAAAGUAUUUUUCGUCAAUUGGACACUAGAUGGUCAGGAAAACAGGAAAUAAUAAUCCUGAGACCUUUAAGAAAUUUAAGAAUAAGGGAAGUAAUCAUUUAUUGGCACUUUAAUCCAAAGAAAUUGGUAAGUGUCCAUAAUAUGGGAGUACAAAUUUCAAUGAAAAGGGGACAAUUAGAAAGGGAAAUGCUUAAUUUUAUGUCAUCUCAGUCUUCAAAGGUCUACAAUAUAUCGAAUAUAUUUGCAAGGUUAGCUAAGGAUCUGGAUAUGCAGAAUGAAUAUAGCACUAAUUACUGCAAGAUUUGUGGUUUAUAUUUACAAAGUAGUCAAAUUCUCUGCACUGUUUGUGACUAUAUCAUUUCAAAUAAUCCUUCAAUAAAGUUUCUUAAUGAAACCACUUAG